AUGGGGAGGAAGAUUUCUUCCAUUGAACAACAAUUCCACCCCCCUCCCCCACCGUCUACUACUGUUAUAGAUUCUUUUUAUCCCUGCCUGCUGCUGCAGCACACUGCAAUCAGUUGUAUCCAGAAAAAUGUCAAGAAAUUCAUGCUCAUCCGCGAUUGGCCCUGGUGGCGCCUUUACGUGCGGGUGAAGCCCCUGCUCAAUGUUCAUCGCACGGAGGAAGAGCUAAAGAACAAAGAGGCUGAAUUAGAACAACUGAAAGUUAAAUUUGAAAAAGUUGAACGGGAAAGGAAUGAAUACAAACAACACUGUGACAAAUUAGAUACCCGACUUUCUGAGCUGAAUGCUGAUCUUGCUGAAGAAGCUACAACAUCGAGUCAUGCAUCUGAAUUACUUGACCAAGAGACUGCUGAACGUAUGCGACUGGAGAAGGAACUCAAGGAAAUUCAGACAAAAUACAAUAAGGCAAGACAACAAAAUGAUAAACUGGAGCGAGAAGUCAUGCAAUAUAGGUUAUGGCAAGCAACAACUUUUGAAGGAGAAUAUGAUGAGGAGAAUAUAGAUGAAUCUGUUUAUAAAGAUAGAUACGAAAAGGUCCGAAAAGAACUUGGUUUCCUAAAACAGCAAUUACAACACCAACACGAAGAGGAAUUACAACAGGAACAGAACUUAAAGAAACAUCUUGAAAAGAAGUACCAUGACUCUGUUCAAGAGUGUGAAGAUUUUCGGCAACUUUUGAGUGCCAGCAAAAAGAAAGCAACAAAACUUAAUUCUGAGAUGCAGGAUAUUAAACGGCAUCUUAAUGAGCAGACGUCGCGAAAUAAUGAGCUUGAAAGAAAGCAGAGAAAGUUUGAUUCAGAAUUGAACAUGGCACUUCAGGAAUCAAAGGAGGAAAGAAAUCAUCGUGAGAAAUUGCAUAGAGAAAAAGACGAACUGAUGGCACUAAAAUAUUCCUUGGAGCAGCAGAAUAUGAAAUUAAAGAUGGACAACGAGUUCAACAUUGAAAAGAUUGAGAGGCUUGAAAAAGAUUUAAAUGAUUUAACAGAAUCAGGAGGGAAAGAUGACAGAGAGUAUCUGGCGUUGAAAAGAGCCAAACAGGAAUUGGCAGCCAAGGUUGCUGAACAAGAAGAAGAACUUGAUGACCAGGCUGGCCAGAUACAGCAGCUUGAACAAUCAAAAUUACGUCUGGAGAUGAAUAUUCAGAAUCUCCGCCAACAAAAUAUGAAAGAAUUAGAAGAGAAGGAAGAAGAGUUAGAGGACAUGAGGUACUCAACACAGAAAAAGUUGAAGCAAUUAGAGAGCCAAUUAGAAGAAGAGUAUGAUGACAAACGGUUGCUUAUGCAAGACAAAAGGGAAUUGGAACGACAAAUCCAGGAAUUCACUCUUCGUGACACAGAACGAAACAGUGAUAAUGAAAAACGAUUGAAGAAGGACCUGCGCCGAACAAAAGCCCUGCUGAGAGAUGCUGAGACAGUGAUACAAAAGCAACAGAGCUCAGAAAAUUCUAAGGUUACCAUUCGACAACUACGUAACCAGCUUGAAGAUGCACAAUUCACUGCUGCUUCUGCAGUGAAGGCAAAAAAGAACCUUGAAAUUGAACUAGAGGAACUCCAACAACAAAUAGAAGAAAUGUCUAAAGGCAAACAAGAUGCUGAAACUCGUUAUAUGACUGUGUUGAGAGAACUCACUGAUAUCCAAACAAGGCUAGAAGAGACAGAAGAAGAUAUGAAUGAAGUGAUGGCUAAAUACACUGCAGCAGUCAAACAGCGAUCAGUUGAUCAGCUAACAAUGUCAGAACAACUUCGACAGAUUGAGGAACUUGAAAAUGAGAGAGACAAACUGAAAUAUGAGGUCACUGAUUUGGCCAGCAAGGUCCAAACUGUUGAAGAUCAAUCAGUCAAUAAACUAUUGGCAUUAAGAUUAGAGACCAAAGUCAGAGACUUAGAAUCUAAGUUGGAAUUGGAAACCUCAACACGGCAUCGCUUAGAGUCUACUGUUAAUCGCAACAAAGAGCAGAUUGAGAAGGUGAUGGAAGAACGGGAUAAUAUUAGUAUGAAGACUGUGAUUGACCAAAAUGAUAAAUUUGAGACCAAUCACAAGAAACAAGAAUUGGAAAGUCGAUUAACUGACUUGGAGAUUGACUAUGACCAAAGUCAAUCAGAUCUUAAGUUGGCCUUCAAACGGAUUUCUGGCCUUCAAGCAGCUCUUGAAGAAAGCAUAGAGAGUGAAGAUGAUGAUAGUUACUUAUCAUAUAGUGAUGUAGGUGACUCUGAGGAUGAUUUUGAUGUAGAUCCUGAGGACACAUUCCUGGCAGAUCAUAAGCAAAAAUCCAGUCUUUAUGGUAGUACUGGAACCCGGUCACGGUCAAUAUCUGCGGCCAGCCUGGAACAAGACACAGAUGGCUUAGAUGAAGGUAGCAGUAGCCAUGCUUACCAGUCAGCCAGCAGUGAUGCCUGA